AUUAAAGAGAGAUGUGAUCGUUUAAAUUUACACCAUCUGUUACACUUUGCAAAAUAUUAAAAGAAAAGUCAAACCACACAAAUGAGUUUAUCUUAUAAUCUAUCUGAAAUUAGAUUAUGAGCCAAAAAUAAAACCCUUAAAUAACAACCACUAGAAAAAGAGGAAAUCCUCUAACCCAUUACAAAGUCAAACUUUUUAAACGUUCUUUUUAAAAAAAAUUCUGAAAUCAAAUUGAAGUUUUUUUUCUCUUAAAGAGACAAAAGAGGAAGGAGUUUUGUUUUUUUUUUCUUCCUUGUGUUUGUUAUUAUUUCUUCAAAAGAAAGCAUGUGGCUACCAAGAGCAAACAAUGCAGGAAGGAAAGAGACAGGAAGUUGUUCGGUUGCAGUUGCAAUAGACAAAGACAAAGGAAGCCAACAUGCUCUUAAAUGGACCAUCGAGAAUCUUGCUUCUCGUGGCCAAACCAUUUUUCUCAUUCAUGUCCUCUCCAAAUCACAUUCUUCUUCUUCUUCAGAUAUUGAAGAAGCAACGCCACAGCAGAAAAAGCAAUCAGAGAAGUUAGCCAAAGAUCUCUUCGUAUCCUUCCAGUGCUACUGUUCCCGUAAAGAGAUAAACUGUCAAGACAUAUUACUCGAAGAUGUAGACAAAGUGAGAGCCAUUACCGAAUAUGUUUCAUCUUCGGCAAUAGAAAACUUAGUCAUUGGAGCUGCAUCACGUAGUGGCUUCAUGAGACGAUUCAAAACGGAUUUGCCAACAAGUUUGUCAAAGUCAGCUCCAGAUUUCUGCAAUGUUUAUGUCAUUUCAAAAGGCAAGAUUGCUUCUGUAAGAAACGCAUCUCGUCCUGCUCCUUAUAAAAAAAGUUCAAUGCAGCACUCUGAGUUUGACAAUCAACAACCAACUACUCCUGAGAAUGUACCAAACCACCACCAUGAUCAUAGCCAAUCUGCAGGUAGUACGCCAUCUAGACCUCGUAGAUCAGUUGAAUAUGAUACUAUAAGAUCACCGUUAGUGAGACGACAAGGAAAACAAUAUGGGGAAAUAUAUGAUUCAGAUAGCGACCUUUCAUUCAUAAGUCCAUCUUCACAUAGAGACUCUCAUGACAUCUCCUUCAUCAGCUCAGGAAGACCAAGCGUUGACCGCUCUUCCAUCACACUUGAUUUUCCUGAAUCUGGAAGGAGUUCGAGAAUGUCAACCAGCUCAGAGCAAAGCAUUGGGUCACAUCGCUUGGGGAUUAAGUUUAGUGAUCCUAGUUUCCCUAAUGAAUCAUCAUCGACUACGUUCUCUGAAGAGAGUGAUAGAACACCUACAUAUUCAUCUCAAGGCGUGGAUGAUGUUGAAGCUGAAAUGAAGAGGCUGCGUCUAGAGCUCAAACAAACCAUGGAUAUGUAUAGUACCGCCUGCAAAGAAGCUUUAAGUGCUAGACAACAGGCGUCAGCGCUGCAGAAGCUGAGAACACAAGAGGAAAGAAGGUUGGAAGAAGCAAAGAGUUCAGAGGAAGCAGCAAUGUCAAUAGUGGAGAAGGAGAGAGCUAAAGCCAAAGCAGCCUUGGAAGCUGCAGACGCUGCAAAGAGAUUAGCAGAAGUGGAAGCUAAGAGAAGAGUGAAUUUAGAGAUGAAGUCUCUGGAGGAAUCAGAUUCAUUCUCUCGUGUUCGGUAUAGGAAGUACACAGUUGAAGAGAUAGAAGAAGCCACUUCAAAUUUUGAUGAGUCUAAAAAAGUUGGAGAAGGAGGAUAUGGUCCUGUGUUCAGAGGCUAUCUUGAUCACACAAGUGUUGCUGUUAAAGUUCUACGCCCUGAUGCAGCUCAAGGGAGAUCACAGUUUCAGAAAGAGGUUGAAGUGUUGAGCUGCAUAAGGCAUCCAAAUAUGGUGCUACUUCUUGGAGCUUGUCCAGAAUUUGGGAUCCUUGUGUAUGAAUACAUGGCCAAAGGAAGCUUAGAAGACAGACUUUUCAUGCAAGGCAACACGCCGCCAAUUUCUUGGCAGCUACGUUUCAGAAUAGCUGCUGAGAUAGCCACAGGACUACUCUUCCUCCACCAGACCAAACCUGAACCAAUUGUCCACAGAGACCUUAAACCAGCAAACGUGCUCCUAGACCACAACUACGUGAGCAAGAUCAGCGACGUAGGGCUAGCCAGACUAGUCCCUGCGGUUGCAGAGAACGUCACACAGUACAGAGUCACUUCAGCUGCAGGAACGUUCUGUUACAUCGACCCUGAGUACCAGCAGACAGGAAUGUUGGGUGUGAAAUCAGAUGUGUACUCUCUAGGGAUCAUGCUUCUGCAGAUCUUGACAGGGAAACAGCCGAUGGGUUUGACUUAUUACGUUGAGCAAGCGAUAGAAGAAGGGAGGCUUAAGGACAUGCUUGAUCCAGCAGUAACGGAUUGGCCAAUGGAAGAAGCUAUGUCUUUGGCUAAGCUUUCACUUCAAUGUGCAGAGCUAAGAAGGAAAGAUAGACCUGAUCUUGGGAAAGAGAUAUUGCCUGAGCUUAAUAGGUUGAGAGAUAUUGGUGAAGAGAGUUUAGGGAAUGUGUAUUAUGCAGGAAGCCAAGGGAAGUCUCCAAACACUAGCCAAGUCUCCAUCUCAUCAUCUAGUGAUCCUUUUAUAACGAGUUCGGAAUCUCUACCUGAAGAGUCUCAAUCCUAGUUUUGGGAUAGAGAUUAUAUUGUUGAGUUUUAACACUAAAGAUUUGCAGGAGUUAAAACAAGGGCAUAGCAAGUUUCUUUGAUGUUCAUAGAAGCUUGAAGAAGAAGUUAGGGUAGAGAA